AUGGAGGCCACAGUCGUUGGCCCUUUGCAACAAACCAAGAUCAAGCCAGAGUUAACUCUUAACAACUCUCUCUUUCUUCCCCUCAGUGUCCCUAAUUCCUGCCCGGCUAGUCCUCGAGGUGCUGGUUCCUCAGGUUAUCGCUUUACCCACAACGUUACCUCUGACCUCCAACUGGCUGCCGAAUACGCAGCAAAAGCUACUUUGGAGCAGCAGACGGACGCCUCCGGUGGAGACAGCCCAAAGGACGAGUCCAAACCACCGUAUUCCUACGCCCAGCUCAUUGUUCAAGCUAUCUCGUCAGCUCAGGACAAGCAACUAACACUAAGUGGCAUCUAUGCUCACAUUACAAAGCAUUAUCCGUAUUACAGGACAGCAGACAAAGGCUGGCAGAAUUCCAUUCGGCACAACCUGUCCCUGAACCGAUAUUUUAUCAAAGUCCCCCGUUCUCAAGAAGAGCCGGGAAAGGGGUCCUUUUGGCGGAUAGACCCUCCCUCGGAAGGCAAGCUAGUGGAGCAGGCAUUCCGAAAACGGAGGCAAAGGGGGGUGUCCUGCUUCCGAACCCCGUUUGGACCUCUCUCUUCCCGGAGCGCGCCCGCCUCCCCUACUCACCCCGGCCUGCUUUCUCCCCACACGAGUGGCCUACAGACUCCAGAGUGUGUGUCGAGGGAAGGCUCCCCGAUUCCUCAUGACCACGAUUUUGGUUCCAAGCUUGCUUCUGUCCCCGAGUAUCGAUAUUCACAAAGUGCUCCUGGAUCUCCCGUAAGUGCCCAGCCGGUGAUCAUGGCUGUUCCUCCCAGGCCUUCUGCGCUGGUGGCCAAACCAGUCGCCUAUUUGCCCGCCUCCAUCAUGACCUCUCAGCAGCCUUCAGGUCACGCGGUUCACGUGGUGCAGCAAGCCCCCACUGUUACAAUGGUCCGAGUUGUGACGACUUCGGCAAGCUCAGCCAAUGGCUACAUCUUGACCAACCAGGGGCCAGCUGGGAGCACCCAUGAUGUGGCAGGGACUGUCCUCGACUUGGCUGGGUUGGACGAGAAACCCACCAUCGCCUUUGCUGCCAUACCGACUGCCAGUCGGGUCAUUCAGACGGUGGCCAGCCAAAUGGGUCAGGGCAUCCCCGGACAGACGGUCACCAUCCUGCAGCCAGCCACCCCCAUGGCCCUCGGGCAGCACCAGUUGCCUGUCCGCACGGUGACCCAAAACGGAAAGCAUGCCAUUCCCACAAACAGCUUAAGCAGUGGGACUUACGCCCUCUCGAACCCCUUGCAAGUCCUUGCAGCUCAGGCUAGUUCCUCCACCCCCGUGGUCAUCAGCCAGACAAGAGAAGCCGGGAUGAAAGAUCCCGACGAGCUUUUGAGAGAACCCGAUAUCAAACGACCCCGAAUCGAAGACCCCAGAGUGGUCGCGGCCUUGCAAACUGGCGUCAUCACCUCCACGGCCCCCUCGGGACAAUCGGCUGGAGAAUGAGGCCGCAGGAAGAUGAGAAGUGGCACCCGAGGCGCUGAGGGAGAGAAAAACCUCUCUCUUUUUUGUUUUUUGUUUUUUUGUUUUCCUAGCAGAACUCUUUUCUUUCUGCAAUUACUUAACACCUGGAUCAUUUCAGUGGGUUUCUUCCCCCCCCCCCGCUUUUUUUUUUUUAAAUCUUCUUUUGAACAUUUGGAAGGACGGGGCAACGUUUGUCAGGAAUGUCGAGGUGCCAAAUGAAUUGGGCAAAAAAAUUUCGAUCUUUCUGGACCCAAGGAAUGAAUUUUACUUCUGUUUUUCUCUUCGGAGAUGUCUUCUUUCUUUCUUUUCUUUCUUUCUUUCUUUCUUUCGAGAUUUUUAAAAAAAGAGACACAGACCAUUUUGAUUGUUUGGGAUAUUUCUCUAUCCCUCCUGGCCUUCCUUUUAAUUUUCACCCCUUCCUCGUUUUUCCUUUUUACGCAUGGUAGUUUAUGUGCGAGCAUACUAAAAAUGCAGGACAGAGACACGAACUUCAGGUGGGAACAUCUGACCUCAAAAACAGGUUUAUUUUUAUUUUUGUUUUUGUUUUUCACUCUCCAAGGAAGAGAAGUGCAUCAUCCUAUUUUGUAUCUCAGAACUCCAACUGAUGAAAAAUUAUCUGCAAAAAAAAAAAAAAAAUUACUUGCAAAGCAAUAUCAUACUUCGGUAACUGCCACCUAAAACGGCGGAUACGUGUUUAUAUUUCCUUUGUGUUGCCUACCUGCAGUCCAGUUCACCUUCUGACAAUGGGGUGUCAUACCCUUACCCCAAAUCUUCAUCCCAGAGCACAGUAAAAUUAGUUUAUCCCAGUUAGACGGCUUCCAAAUGGCAUUCGAAGCCUAAACUUCCCAGAAUUCUUAGCCUACUGGACAGAUGGGGGGGGUGGGGAUUCUGGGAAUUGCAGUCACAGCCUACCUCAUUGGGAUGGCUGACCUACACAGCACUUGGCUCCACAGGUGCCUUUUGGAGAAAGAGAGAAAAGUUUUAUUUUAAUUGUUGUCUGUUGAAUAAAAACAGCCAAUGGUGAUUCAAAAAGGUCCAAAAUUUGUGGAUCUUUUAAAGAAUUGUCGUACCUACAGGCUUGUAAAACAACCGCGUGGGUUCCUUAAUUUCAUUCCUGUUGAUUUUUGACAGAGAAGGAAUAGAAUUUUUAAAAUAUUUUUAACCUUUAACGGAUAGUUCCCGGGAGAGCUCUGUUGUGUUAUGGUUCGAGCGUUGGACUUUCAUCUAGAGAGAACCAGGUUUAAAAGCAUGAAACUCUCUGGGUAAACCUUGGACCAGCCAUUGUUUUGUUUCAGCUUAACCUACCUCACAGGGUUGUUGUGAGGACAAAGGGGGCGGGGGGGUGAGGAGAGCUAUGUAUGCCACCUUGAGCUUGGAGGAAAGGCAGAAUACAUAAAUAAA